AUGGAGGCCAACCGCGAGUCCGCGAUUGACGCGCUCACCAAGGCCCGCGCGAAGAAGGACGCGGGCGACCACGCGAGCGCCGUCCGCCUCGCGGAGAAGAGCCUGCGGAUCUGCAAGACGGAAGAGGCGCAGGCGUUCCUCGACUUUCUGGUCAAGUUUGGGCCGGGCUCCGAGGCGGCCAAGGCGAUCGACCGGGUCCUGCAGGCCGCUGAUCACUACGCCGUGCUAGACGUGGCGCCGGACGCCGACGCGCCGGCCGUCAAGCGCGCGUACCAGCAGCGGGCGCUCAAGAUCCACCCGGACAAGAACCACGCGGCGGGGGCGCAGCAGGCGUUCCAGAGGCUGAACGAGGCGCACAACACCCUCUCCGACCCCGCCAAGCGCCGAGAGCGCGCGGUGCAGCUGAGCCAGGCGCUCAACCAGGAGCAGCUGCAGCGACGCAGGGAGGAGCAGGACCACCGCGAGCAGAUCGCGCGCUGGACGGCGCUGCAGCGCUCGUGGACAAACAAGACGUCCGAGACGGAGAGAGCGCUGCACGAGCGCGACGAAGAGAACGACCGCAUCGAGCUCGAGGCGCUGCGACGCUCCCACGCCUCGGCCGCCUCCCGCCGCGCCGCCGUCGAGGCGAGGCUGGAGUCCGAGGUCGCCGCGACGGGCGAGCUGCACCAGAUCUGCGACGCGCUGCGCAAGCAGCUGGCGGCGCAGGCGCGCCCCGGCGUGGCAGGAGGCACGAGCUUGGCUGCUGCAGGGCCGAGCAGCGACCUCGCCGCCGCCGGCGCGUCGAGCCAGGGCGGAGGGCGGCUGGGCCUUCCGGAGGAGAUGCUGCGGCCGUUGGCACCGGAGCCGGUGGCGGCCGCGGGCGGGCAAGACCCUCGCAGGCCGAUUCGCCUUCCGCUGGGCAAGAUCAACGAGGCGGCGGUGGUCGUGGGCCGCUCGUCGCGCGAGCACGCAAACUCGUUCGAGAUCAACGACCCGCUCGUCAGCAGGAAGCACGUCCGGAUCGACACCAAGGCGUGGCCGGUGCCGGAGCAAGGCGUGCGCGGCGAGGACGUGAUCGCGGUCGCGACGGCGCUCGGCGCAAACCCGAUCGGCGUGCGGCACCACGCGGACGAUUCGGUGGAGAAGGCGGACCGCGGCGAGACGCUCAACUUGUUUCACGGAGACGUGCUCGCCCUCCUCGCCGCCGACAACGCGCACCCCGCGCGGUACGAGUAUUCGCGACUCGAGCAAGAGGGCGGCGACGGCGACGCGGGCAGCCUCAGAGGCUCACACGAGUGCCCGAUCGAGCUGUGA